AUGUGCAACAAGCCAUAAGAGAAAAAAUCUGUAUAUUAUCAUGGGAAGGAUGUUUGUUUAGGCUAAUUUAUAAUAUUGAAAAUAGAAAAAUAGAAGUGGGAGAAUUAUAUCGACUAAUGAGCCUCCUUUAUUAUAAAAUUAGGUCUCAUAAAAGUUUUCCCAGUUUUCAAAUGAGUAUGAACGAAGAGAUUGUUGUAUUAAUCUUUUAUGUAGGAUUGCGAAUUUGGUAAUUUAACUAAUCUGGAAGAACCUCCAAUUUUUGCAACUAAACAAUAACACAUUAUGUUACUUAGACAAUAAAUUCACAUUCAACUUUCAAAAAACGUGCAGUUACAUUUAAGCUAUCAUAGUUGUGUGUAAACUUAGUGAUGAAGCCAAAUUGACAGUACAAGUACUCAACCAAACAUUACAAUCUGCAUAAGUAAAUAAUGUUUUUUCUAUUAAACAUGUCUUUAUUUAACAUCUAAAAGCCUUAUGUUAUGCUACCAGCUUUAAAUGUAGAGCAUAUAGCAUCAAUAAAACUAAAUCCUGAUCGUAAUUUUAGCUUCAGAAGUAAUUGAAGUUGAUAAAGAUUGGC